CACACACAGCACGUUCUGCUCCCACUCACUCGAGCUUUUCAAUAAGGAUCUGAAUGGUGUGUUUGCAGGAGUGAGAUGCAAAUCGCUCACUUAGCAGCCGCCACCGAGCCACUAAAUGCCGUGUGGCGCGUGAGUGGAAGCCAUCGAUGCGGAGCAUCCAUAUUUGUUUUUAAAGUCCUUUAGCAGUUCAUAAAGAUGCGUUUCCUCCGUCCCUCUUCCUGUGGGGACGGUAUCAAGGCUCUGUUAAGUCUCUUUGAUUUCACCGGUCUCCAAUCACAGCGGGGCGCUGGCUCAUCAUUGUGCCACUUCAAAGGCUGGGAAUGGUGGCCCUGGCCCCGCCCCCUCGGGGAGGCCCCUUAAAAGUCACGGUCGCCCCUCAGAGCAGGGCCUUCAGAGACAGCUGCUGCCGCCAGGACUUCCUGUCGCCUCGGAUUUCCCAUCACGGAUCUGGACUUUUGGAUAACGCUGACGCUGGGAUUUGGAUUUGGUGAAUGAGAGUGUUUGUCCGUGACCCCUGAAUGAUGCAGUCGAUCAGAGACCUGAAGAACUUCAGCGGCCCCCCUCCUCACCCGCCCGCCGCCUCCAUGGCCCCCGGGCCUGACGCCUACCUCCAGGGCAACAUCCGCAUGACGCUGGAGGACCCCGAACUGUGGAAGACCUUCCACGACAUCGGCACCGAGAUGAUCAUCACCAAACCCGGCAGGAGAAUGUUCCCUCACUGUAAGGUCCAGCUCUCCGGACUCAUCCCCUGCGCCAAGUACAUCCUGAUGGUGGACAUGGUGCCGGAGAACGGCUUCAGGUACAAGUGGAAUAAGGAGAAGUGGGAGGUGGCGGGAAAAGCCGAGCCCCAGCCGCCCUGCAGGACCUACCUGCACCCCGACUCUCCGGCCCCCGGGAGCCACUGGAUGAAGCAGUCCGUCUCCUUCCUGAAGCUGAAGCUCACCAACAACACGCUGGACCAGCACGGACAUAUCAUCCUGCACUCCAUGCAUCGCUACCACCCGCGCUUCCACAUCGUCCAGGCCGACGACCUCUUCAGCGUCCGCUGGAGCGUCUUCCAAACCUUCACCUUUCCCGAGACGUCCUUCACAGCCGUCACCGCCUACCAGAACAUCAAGAUCACAAAGCUGAAGAUCGACCACAACCCGUUUGCCAAAGGCUUCAGGGACGAGGGCACAUCGAAGAAAAGACGUGCCUCCAAGACCCCAGGCUUCAUGGGGAAACAGGCCAAGAUGUCAGACGCGCUGGGCCGGGACUCGGAGGAGGACAGUCCUGACUUCUGUCCCUCCUCGUACGAGGGUUUCCAGGGCAAGGAGGAAGCAAGGAAGGCCGACAGUCUGGUGAAGGAGGAGCGCUACUCGCCGUGGGCGGCUGAGAGGGAGCACCGCACCGAGUCUCCGGCCGCCGCCGACAACAGAGACGUUUACAACUCGGAGCAGCUGGUUCCUGCUCCGGCGUCGUACCAGCCAUACAGGUUCAACGACUACGGCAAGUCUCCGUCUCCGUCCUCCAGCAUCGGCAGCACCAACAGCGGGUCAGGACGCGGCAACUUUGAGUGCAGGGCCCAGGACGUGGCCACCGUCCCCGACCACGACGCCUUGAAGCCGCGCAGCCAAGAGGCGGCGCCGCUGGCCUGCGGGGCCCAGGACUACGCCGGCGUCCUGGCCGUGUCCCAGGCCGGCAAGCCCGGCGUCAUCGGCCACCACAUCUACAGCCCGUACGGCUCGGAGCAAGCGCUGGGCCAGUGGAGCGGCGCCGGCUCGGCCCAGUACCCAGCGCCGCCGCACCCCCUCGCGGCCGACUACCCCACACAGGCCGUGCACCAUGGCUACCACCACGGGAACAUGGCGGAGUGGAGCCAGUACCCGCUCUUCUCCUACUCCUGCUGGUGA